AUGCACCUCAACAAACUUGAAACUCUGCGGGUCAUAGCUAUGCCCCUUUCGGGGACUUCUUUUCCUCAUUCUGCAUUUUACUCGGAUCCCAUUCCUGCUCUGGCUAUGGCUUCGGGAGGUGAGGCCUACGUAGAAAACUUUGAUGUAGGCCUGUUGUGCAGUCGUCGCAGCUUCCACCUUCAUGUCAAGCUCCACACUCGAAGAUCUCCCCUUGGAGAAGGUAGGUGGAGUGAGUGGUGGGAGGAAGUAGAGCUUGCCUGUUGGCUGCUUAGCAGCCUUGUGAUAAUCAUAGUACCAGCAGUGUGCAUGGAGCAGAAACCACUUAAGGAGCUGAAGCAAGCUCUCCAAGAUGAAGCAGAGAGGACUUGGGAUAUUGCCAGAGACACCUUGUUUUCUGAUGGUUGGCAUCUGGACCAGACAACUGAUGAGGGUUUCUUCAUUCAUAGUAAGAAGACUGGGCGUUCUAAAACCAUCUUGAAGAUUUCUACACCCAUCAAAGCAUCAUUGGAACUGCUGUAUGACAGAUUUCUUGUUUCAUCCAUGGAGGACACUCUUUCUUGGAAUGAUACUCUAAAGGAUUUUAAAGUCUUGUAUAAACUAGAUGAGAGAGAAGAGUGUGGAAUUUUCUAUCAAGUGACACAAGAAGGUGCUGCAGGUUUCAUUGCAAGUAGAGAUUUUGUCAAUUUGUCUUUGGUGAAAAAGUAUGGGGAUGACUUUGUGAUGUCAUCCUACAAAUCCAUCAGUCUUGACCUCUUCCCACCUGUGAAAGGCAUUGUGAGGUAUGUCUUGAAGCAGAACAUGGUAGCAGUUCGAAGUCAUUAUGAAGCUCUCCAGGUGUCUUCAUCUUGAAUCACAUCCUAUAUUAUGCAAAGGACAAAGAUGCUUAUAGAGAUAUUGGUAUCUGCUUUCUUCAGACUCCAAUCUGCAGACUCCAGUCCGCUUUACAGUCAGCUUUUUGCUGACAAAAUGACUUCAACCUUUUAUGUAUUACAGGAGGAUCAUUUUCUUGUGACAUCAUUUCUUAUGUAAUAGAAGCAAAAGCAGUUAACAAUUCUUGGAUUUUUCAUACUGUGUAAAUAUGACAGGGAUACAUCCUAGUGUGUUUGCAUGAGUUUCCUAUGAAUUACAGAACUUGAGACAAGGAAUGGGUUUUUUCAGUAGAAAAAGGUCAUACCCCUACAAAGUUUUUCAUUUCUUCAUGCCUUUUGCAGAGUUUCUAUGGCUAUUUUAUUAGUGAUAGGUUUGAAAAAGUGAAAGAGGCCUUUCCUAUUUGGUUUAUAUUCAUUGCCUUAUUCAAACUGCAUUGGAUUCAAUAGAGGAAGAAGGAAUAUAUAGUAAAUUGCACUCUUGCCCUA